UAUGAUUGUGACAAUUCCAACAAAACCUGAGAAUUACAUGUAUUACACAAAGAAAACCCAGGCUCUGAAUGAACUGAACCCAACCCAACACUGAGUUAACUUUUGGUAUUUGAAAGGACGAGUUCAGUUUUAUUUCCAACACUUUAGCAACUCCGCACCAUCGCCGCCCUUCUCUUACGGCACUUGGCUCGAUUCUUUCCGAUUGAAAUGUCGAAUAGAUCCGAUCAGGGUAGACAAGACAACAAUAACAAAGGUUUCACCAAAACCCAUAACCACAACAACUUUCUCCCCAAAAAUCCCAAUCCAACCCUCUCAACUUCUCUCAGACAAACCCAACCAUCCAUCCCCGCCACCACUAGCGGAGUCCCAAACAGAGGCCAGAAUGGUAAUUUCGUUAAAUACUUACCACAAGACGAGGCCGUGGCGGCGGGUCUUGGCGCCGAAGAUGGAGCAUUGGAUCCCCUCGAAUCUCAGAGAGUCGUAGAUCUUUUGAACACACACUUGUCACGCUUGCUCAAGUGCAAACCUAAGCAAUUCUGGACGCAAGUGGCUGCUGACGCCUCCCUACAUGAGUUUUUGGACAGCUUCUUGCAAUUUAGAAACAGGUGGUAUGAUUUCCCUCAUCGCGGGGUGAAAGGGAUUGUAGCAGGUGUUAUUGUUGGCGAGAGGGAUUUGAGUCGCCGCGUUUUCAUGGUAUUGUAUCGCAUUUCUUCGAAUAAAGACCCUGGUGCUCGACCGGCCGAUGCCCUCAGUUUGAGAGACCAUGGAGUUCUUUUGCAGGAGAAAAAGUUGCUUGAAUUGCCAAAGUUAUUGGAUAUAUGUGCCAUAUACUAUCAUGAAAAUGAAGAAUUAACAAGAUCACUGGUCAGAAAUGCCUUCAGUGCUCAACCUUGGCUCCAUAAUAAUCUGACUGCAGUAAUAUCCCAUUUUCUAGGAAUUGUCAGCACAAUGCAUGAACGUUGCAGUUCAUCAUUGGAGGUUUUAUUUUCUUCUGGAAAUCUCGAUGACCACAAUGCUGCUUUUCUUCAAGCUGAUCUGCUGGAGGUGAUGGACUUUAUAAAUGAUGCAAUUGUAUCAAUGGAUUCUUUUGUUAGUGCAUACGAACCAGCAGCUGUAUUCUUUUCUUGUCCAGUUGAAAUGAGUUAUGGGAAUGAGGAACUGCUGAGCCUCCUUGCCAGAUUGCAUGAUUCACUAAUUCCAUCAUUACAAAAGGGGUUCCGUUUGAUUUUUUCUGACAAACAUGAUGGCACAACAUCUAAUAUUUUGGUGAGUCUGAAGAUGUUAAAAAUAAGACUGGUAAAGUUUGGUUGGCAACUAUUGCACUUGUGCUAUCUAAGUGAUGAAGUGUUCAGAGAUGGCAUCCCUCUUCCAGCUGCCACUAAGAUGUUUCCUGCCAAUGUAGAGGACCCAGUCAUCAGAGCAGAUAUUCUUGUUCAAACAAUUCGAGAUAUCAAUACAGUAUCAUCACAUUCUCGGGAAAGCCAUCAGAAGGAAACAUUUCUUCAAGAUGUUGAAAGAAAUUUUAAUAUACUGAGUGGGAUUGAGAGAUUAAAGGAUAGUGGAUGGAUAUUCAUUGAUAAUGAACAGUUUCAAUAUCUAUCCGGGAUGAUGAGUUCUGUGAAACAGAUUUAUAAGGACCCAUAUUCUGCAACGGCCCCUGUGCCAAACCAAUCAUUAUUGACGGAUGAAGAUGCUGCAAUUGCAGAGUCGAACAUCAGUCAAAUUAGGGAUCUGUUUCCUGAUUACGGUAAAGGUUUUUUAGCUGCGUGUCUUGAGGUUUAUGACCAGAAUCCAGAAGAGGUUAUUCAAAGAAUUUUAGAGGGAACCCUUCAUCAAGAUCUGCAGAGCCUGGACACCUCGCUAGAGACAUUACCACCAGCCAAGCCUACCACUGUGAGUGGGAAUGAUAAAGGAAAAGGUAAAUUAAUUGAUUCUACGUCAGCAUUCUCAAAUCCAGAAGUUGUAAGGGGGAAGCAACAGACAGAGGGGUCACUGAUGUCAUCCUCUGCUUCACUAGGAAAAUUUAUAAGGAAAUCUAGAGCUGAUUUGCCUGAUCUCAGUAUUCUGGAUAAAAAGGACGAGAAAGAUACAUCAAAAACUGCUGCUAUGAUUUUACAAUAUGAAUAUGAAGAUGAGUAUGACGACUCUUUUGAUGACUUGGGUUUAAGUGUAGCAGACUCUGGAUUAGAAGAAAAUGAGAUACUUGGUGACCAAAUAAAUGCAAAAUCAGGGAAGUCGUGGGCAACAGAGAGUGGAAACUCGGCAAAAGAUGUCCCUGAUUCAAAAUGGGGCUCCAGGAGAAAGCCACAGUACUAUGUCAAGGAUGGUAAGAAUUACAGCUACAAAGUGGCUGGUGCGGUAGCAGUUGCAAAUUCCGGUGAAGCUUCACUAGUAACGCAAGCUCAGAAAGAGUUAAUACAUGGCCUUGGACGAGGCGGAAACCUUCCUCUUGGAGCAGUAAAGAAGUUGACGGAUUCCUACAAGGAGGAUGAUAACCAAUCCCAGGUUUCUGAAAUGGAAGGCAAUGGGAUUCCGGGCAAAUCUUUUGGUAGGGGUAGUAGGAAGGAAGGUGGAAGACAGAUUGCAUCUCAUCAGCAGCAGCAGCAGCAGCAGCAGCAGCAGCAGCCUGUGCAACAAUCUGGUGAUUCUGAGGUGGAUGGGAAUAACCAAAGGGGUAGAGGAAGAGGUAGAGGGAGGGGCAGAGGAGGAGGAAGAAACAAUCACCACCAGAAGGAUCGAUCCAUGAAGAAGCAUUUCUCUGGAAUGAGCGGAUUUUAAGCGCUUAAGUUAGUCAUUCCAUUUUUCUUGCUUGCCAAGAUACCAUAUUUAUGCAUCUGCUCGGUAACCUUUUGGCUUUUGUCUACAUGUGAAACCUUAUAUGUUGCAGGGGUAAAGUUCCACUAGGUACAUAGAUAUGUUCUACAUGGUUCAUACAUAGUGGCAUUAUCGAAUGUGCAAUUGGCAAUCUUGAUGCCAACAUCCUCUAAAAUAUACACAAUAGUAUAAUGUCUGUAAAGGUUAAUUUAACUCAACCCCGGAAUUGAAUUUUGUUUAGAA